AAUCAUGAGCUCAAGAAGGUCCAAUGGAAAACAUGCCGAGGGUUAAAUGUCCAGCGAGCAUUGAGGUCAGCGAGAGAGAGAGAGAGAGAGAGAGAGAGGGGGGGGGGGAGGCUGUGAACUGAGGAUAAAGGUGAAACCUGCUCAGCUUGGAGCGUUUCUGUUUUAUUGUUAAUGGUGACAUUUCGUCAGACUUUGCGGUUUGCCUGCCUGAUCAGUUUAAAGGCACCUGGACUACAUUUACACCACCCGAGGGCGAAAAGGGCGGCAUUUAAAAACAGAUUUCAACCAUUCCUUGUCCCUUCACCUUUAAGGGGAGUGUGAAGCACAGAGUUGGCACACCCGCGCACAGCUUCCUGACUUGACUACGUGCUCUCCUCACGCUCACUCAGUGGAGCAGUGCUUUGGAGAGCAGAUGUGAUCCAGGUGUUUGACAUUCUGAAGGGAGAGAAGAGAAGGUUUGAAUGAUGUGGCUGCUGGCUUGUUGGAUACUGCCGUUUCUGAGGUGUGUGGCAUCAGAGCCCGUGGAGGAGGAGUGCCCCCGCUUCACGGAGCUGUCGGUGACGGAUACUCUGGUGGGCACGGAGCUGAAGGUCCGGCUGCUGCUCUACACUCGCGCCAACGAAACGUGUCCCACCCUGAUCACCGCCAAUAACUUGGGCCCCAUGAACCUGACCAAGAAGGUGGUCUUCCUCAUCCACGGCUACCGGCCCUUUGGCUCCAAGCCCAAGUGGCUGAGCAAAAUGGUGAAGAGCUUACUGGAUGUGGAGGACAUCAACUUGAUCGUGGUGGAUUGGAACCGGGGAGCUACUACCAUCAACUAUAUCGUUGCCGCCGGUAACACCAAGAAGCUGGCCGUCAAGCUCAAACCCGUAGUUGACCGUAUCCUGACAGACACGGGCUCGCUGGAUUCUGUUCACAUGAUUGGCGUCAGCCUGGGUGCACAUGCAGCCGGCUUCGUGGGCAGUAUGUUUCAUGGAAAAAUCGGUCAAAUAACGGGUCUGGAUCCGGCUGGUCCACAGUUCACUAACACUCCUCCCGAGGAGAGACUUGACCCGACCGAUGCCAAGUUUGUUGCUGUUCUUCACACGGAUAUGGAUGCUUUGGGUUUCCGGGAAGUUUUGGGGCACAUUGAUUACUACCCCAACGGAGGCAAAGAUCAACCUGGAUGUCCUGCCACCAUAUUAAAAGGAAAGGCGUACGUGAUCUGUGACCAUCAGCGGUCUGUCUACCUCUACAUGAGUUCCAUGUCGUCCUGUAAUUUCACCGUCUACCCGUGUCCCUCCUACAAACAAUUCCUCAACGGAGAAUGCAUGGUGUGCAACGGAACCUGUCCUAUAUUUGGUUACCACGCGAAGCCAGUGACACUUUCCCAGUCUGCGGUGUACUUUCUGACAGCCAGCAGCGAUCCCUUUUGCACGCACUCUUACAUGAUGGACAUCAUCGCCUGGAACCAGAAUGCCCGGGAGGGUUACCUGACCAUCGAGCUAACGGGAGAUUCUGCAACAGUGACGUCCGACGUAAAACAUGUUUCAAAAACGUUUGAGAGGUUCCAGGAAAUCAGUCUUCUGGUGAACGUAGACAAAGACCCUGGGAAUAUCAGGAGUGUCUCAUUGACCUACACUUCCACCAACUGGGUGGAGCCCAAGUUGCGAUUUGGGCUGCUCCGAAUGAGGCUGAGAUCCCUCACCUUCCCUGACAGACCUCACAAAUGUCGAUACGAUGUGAUUCUUCACAAGAGGACUCCGGUGACGUUUCAACCAUUGGAUUGUCAAGACCUGCAGAUGUAAAUGGAACAUAGGAACAGGAUGCAGCCCUCGAGUCUCUGCCGCCAUUCUACUAGAUCACGGCUGAUCUGUACCUCAACUCCAUUUACCCGCCUUUGCUCCA